AUUGAGAGAGAGAAAAAAAACGGUAAUGGGUCGUUAUGUUUCUGGAUCCCGCUUGCAAGUGUCAUGCCACAGCAUCCUUUAAUGCGCUGGUUUGAGAAACGAUUGUCUCUAGCAUUCAUGAGUGUAGCAGAUUAUAGCUCGUGGAGAGAAUUUAAGCAUCAUCAUUGGUCUCGAGCUGAUGUUUUUCUUGUCCUGCUCAUGUACUGAAGAAAUCCUGCUUGUGUCCCAACAAAACAAAACACUGCUAUCAGGCCUCAGUGUAUUUCUUGCAGUGCUAUGUUGUUGAAAAAAUUUAAUUAAGUGGCAUGAACAAUCCCUGCCCUGUUCAGUUUAGGACAAUGAGGUUAAACUCUUCUGGAUAAGCUGUGCUUUCAGCAGAGAUAGACGAUAUCUGGAGUGCAUGGACUGAUCUUCAUACUGUGUGGACAUUUUAAGGUGGAAAACAUGGAGAAUGAGAGAGACGUGGGCAGAUGGGGCUCUGAGACAGAGGGCAAGGAGAGAGAUGGAGCCUCAGACAAUGAGACUAAAUCAGAUUCUGGGGUUCCUGAGGUUCCUGUUUCUGCUGAUGACACACCAGAGGUUCUCAACAAAGCCCUCUCUGGCCUUUCCUCACGAUGGAGGAACUGGUGGGUGAGGGGCAUCCUGACCCUGGCUAUGAUCUCCUUCUUCUUUAUCAUUAUUUAUUUGGGUCCGAUGGUGCUGAUGAUGAUUGUGCUAUGUGUUCAGAUCAAGUGCUUCCAGGAGAUCAUCACAAUUGGUUACAGUGUGUAUCACUCUUACCACCUGCCCUGGUUCAGAACACUAAGCUGGUACUUCCUGUUGUGUGUGAACUACUUCUUCUAUGGGGAAACGGUGACUGAUUAUUUCUUCAGUUUGGUGCAGAGGGAGGAGCCACUACGCAUCCUCAGCAAAUACCAUCGCUUCAUUUCCUUUGCCCUGUACCUCACAGGGUUCUGCAUGUUUGUUCUGAGCCUGGUGAAAAAACACUAUCGCCUGCAGUUCUACAUGUUCGGUUGGACUCAUGUGACCCUGCUGAUUGUGGUGACUCAGUCCCACUUAAUCAUUCAUAACCUGUUUGAGGGGAUGAUCUGGUUUAUUGUUCCCAUCUCCUGUGUUAUCUGUAAUGACAUCAUGGCUUAUAUGUUUGGCUUCUUUUUCGGUCGCACCCCUCUCAUCAAGUUGUCUCCUAAGAAAACGUGGGAGGGGUUUAUCGGUGGCUUCUUCGCCACUAUUGUUUUUGGAAUCCUACUGUCAUAUGUGAUGGCAGGUUACCGCUACUUUGUGUGUCCAGUUGAGUUUAACAAUGACUCCAACAGAUUCACAGUGGACUGUGAGCCAUCUGAGCUCUUCCAGCUUCAGGACUACGGCCUGCCAUCUGUACUUCAGUCCAUCACGGGCUGGACCACAGUAAAGCUGUAUCCUUUCCAAAUCCACAGCAUCGCCCUGUCUAGCUUUGCCUCCAUCAUGGGACCUUUUGGAGGCUUUUUCGCCAGCGGCUUCAAAAGGGCCUUCAAAAUCAAGGAUUUUGCAAACACCAUUCCAGGUCAUGGAGGAAUCAUGGACCGCUUCGACUGUCAGUACCUCAUGGCCACAUUUGUAAAUGUUUACAUUGCCAGCUUUAUCAGAGGGCCAAACCCUUCUAAAGUCAUCCAACAGCUUCUUGCUUUGAGACCAGACCAACAGCUCCACAUCUUUAACUCGCUCAAGGCUCAUCUGACAGAGAAAGGCCUGCUUCCUGCCCUAGAAGAAGCAGCCUAACUUUUCGAACCACCCCAGGGACAUCCCAUCGGAGUGAGCCAUAGAUAGAGGGAGGAGAGUGCAACGGAACCCGAUCCAGGCAUGAAUGGAAGUGGGAGAUGAGAUGAGGAAUAUAAGAAGGGAAACAACGGAAAACUGUACUACAACCUUGGGUCAUUCCAUUUUCAGUGUGUUUGUGCGAAAGAGUGAAUGAACGAGUGUACAAAUCAGUGUUUUUGCUUGUCAUUUAAUUUUUUUUGUGAACGUUUUAUGUUUAUCACUUAUGCCACAAAAGAAUAUUAUAUAUAUAUUGAGAUGACAUUGACAUUUGUUGUUACAGUUGUACAAUUCCACUUGUGUACAAAUGUUCCGUACCUAUUGAUUGUCUGAAUAUUUUAUAGUGUUUAUUGUGUUUUAUUUUGUUUUAAUGCACUGCUCAUCACACUGUCAUUUCAACCUCAGGCUAACCUUUUCUUUUUGUUUUUUGUUUUUUUGCUAACCGGUGUUUACAUACACCAUCAUAGUUUCAAAAAAGAUUGUAUUUCCACUGCAGAGUGCCGUAAAUUCUUUUUUUUUUUUUUCAUGGUUUUGACAUUUUUUGUAACAUUAUAUUUAAAAGCAAUAUGGUCAUUGAUAUCAAAGGUGUGCUUUAGCCCAGUAGGUGGUGACUAUUACAGUUCAGAUGUGAGAGAAUAUAUACUGUAUACUGUACUUCCUAAAGGUAAGAAAAAGAUUCAGAUUUUAUUAUUCAGUGUUUGAGAGGAAGUUCAGACCUUAUCAGACUAGAAUUACAUAGUCCUCUCUGUGGCUUAAAUGUUUGUUACGCUGAAACGAUCCUUGUGAGCUAAAUGAAUAGGAAGUGACUUUAAUUGUUACUGUUGUUCAUAGUUAAUAAUUAGUUGUUGCUCAGCAUUGAAAAAGACCAUUUAGAGAUUUUGACAGACAUCUCACGCUCAAUGUUAAAUGUUCAAGAAUUAUUGUUCAUUUCUGAUUUCCCCCCCCCCCCAAAUGUUUUAUUGUCACUGAGCAGUUACAAGCUAAUCUUUGUCAAACCUAAAAAAAAAAAUUCUGUGUGUGUUUGUGAACUGUUACAUGCUAAAUGCCAAGUAAGGAUCAGGUUGGGCCAUCAAAUCUCAAUGACUGUUUUGGUUUUAAAUUCAUUUCAUAUGAACCAUUUUGUACCAUUUCACUGUAUGAGACAAAGUCUAUAUUUCUGUUCCAUCUGUUUUAUUUUUACCAUCACCUACUGUAUAAAAUCAUUGAUAAAGGGUCAGAACUAUAGUAUGUCUUGCUUAAGGUAUUUUAUUCUCCACUAAUACAUGUUGAUCAUUAACACAUGCCAUAAGCAAUAUUUAUUUAUUUAUUUAUUUUUUAAAAAGGAAACCUUAAUGGGUGUCAUCGAGCAGCUUUAGAAGAGUAGUUCAGUGGUACAAUAACCUGUAUGAGGUAAUGGGCUAAGGUUAGUCUGUAUGUACGGUCCACUGCCAUUUAACAGUAAAGAUUGAUGAGCACAUUC